UUAUUUGUGUUUUUUUUUGUUUUGUUUUUCCCAUUGAUUACUAUUUUUGAUUUUUAAUGAUGAUGACGAAAAGUGUAAUGGCAACAACAGUAACAAUGGUCAUUGUUAUUAUUACAAUAAUGGCAAUGAUUGAAUUCGAUAUGGCCACGGCCGAAUGUUGUUAUUCAGUUUUUAAAUGUUCAGAACCAAAAGAUCAUCCUGCUAAACGUUGUGCCGAUUGUGAAGAAGCAAAUAUUUAUUGUGGUUAUGGUUCAUGUAAUAUAUUCGGUUGUAAUUGUGAUGGUGGCUGCCGUAAAGGUAAUCCAGCAUUAUGGUGUUGGAAUACUGCAUUCUGUGAAAAUCAAAAUAAAACAUCAGAUUUUAUUGAAGAACCAGCAUCAUUAACAAUGUCAUUGGAUAAUAGUGAUUCACGUGCACAAACAGAUCUUAUGUAUCGUAUGUUCAUCGAUAAUGAUCAAAAUGAUGAUAAAAUGUUGAAUAGUAAAGAAUUUGAACAAUUAAUUCAAACCACGUUGACGGAUGAUCAAAUUUCUUCAAUGAAUAUUAUUGCUGAAUUUAAGAAAUUAGAUAAAGAUGGUAACAAUUUGAUUACCAUGACGGAAAUUGAUGCCGAUCUUGAUUUUUAAUUACAUUUUCAAUUAAUGAAUAAUGAAUAAUGAAUGAUGAUAAUGAAAAGAAAUAAAAUUUCAGUUGCUUCAAAUGAUAAAUCUUUCGUCUAAUAAUAAUAAUAAUAGUGAUGAUGAAAUCAAUCAUUUCAUUCAAACACACUUUAUUCUUUCACUAAUGUUGACAUUUUGUUAUCUAAAUAAUAAAAAAAAGUGCAAAGAAAUCUGAA